AUGCCUCUCGUGUCUCUUCAACACUCAACUACCUUCAGGCAAACACAAUCCUCGUCGUCCCUCCUCAGCUUCUUGUGGUCCGUCACUCCAGGCACCAUCCUGUCUGCGUCCCUUUUGUUCCCGCAGGUCAAGGCAGAUGAGGAGAGCUGGGACCCAGAUGGAAGCGAGUACUGUCUGGAGGAUCAAGAGGUUCCGGACACAAGCGAGGAAGAGCCGACGGAGGACGGCGACGGCGACGGCCCUGAAGCUACAGUCCAAGGGCAGAAAGCAGAGAUCAAUCCCUACCACACCGACGCUCGUCAGGGCUCGUAUUUCCUGCGGCGCGCCUUGUUUGCAGCGGGUGCGUGCCUUGGGUUGAUGCAUGCGUGGAACUGGUUCAUGAACUCAUCCAAACCUGUAGGGUUAUGGGUCCGUUGA